CCCUGUCAGCAUAAUAUAAUAUAAAAUUAAAUGCUCAUAAUCCCAAUUAACUAAUUAAUUAAUUAAUAAUUACUCCCUUGAACCAAUUAUUAAGAACCAGUUGACUUAACUUAACCAAAAAAGGAUGCAAACAUCAACACCUUAAUUUUCUCGAAACAAAGUAAUAUUGAUCCAAGAACUCCUUUUUCAGAUCAACAGACAACACAACAAUGUUGAGUUUCAAUCAGCAACAAAUUCUCGACGGGUUUCGGUUCCACCCCUUUCUGCUUUCGCUACUCGGUUUACUCUCACUCAGUUUCGUCGCAAAACGGCUGUACAUAAACCCGUCGCUAAUUAGCACCAAAAAACUCCCUCCAUCACCGCCAAAGCUACCAGUACUAGGCAACCUCCAUCAACUCAGCACGUUGACUCACCGAUCAUUCCAAUCGUUAGGCGCAAAACACGGGCCUUUAAUGCUUCUCCACUUCGGCAACAAGCCCGUGAUCAUCGUCCAAUCCGCCGACGCAGCGAAAGAAAUCAUGAAAACAAACGACAUAGUCUUUGCCGAUAAGCCACACACGAGAACCGCAAGGCGGUUUUUCUACGAACUCAGAGAUAUAUCGGUCGCACCGUACGGUGAGUACUGGAGGAAACUGAAAAGCAUUUGUGUUCUCCAGCUUUUAAGCAGCAAGAGAGUUCAGUCUUUCGGUUUCAUCAGGGAGGAAGAAACUUCUCUUUUGAUGGAAAAGAUUAAUAAAUUGUCCAAGAAUUUAGAGCUUGUGAAUCUGAGCGAGUUGUUUGUGUCGGUGACGAACGAUGUGAUUUGCAGAGCGGUUUUCGGGAGGAAGUACGGUGAAGGGGAAGGUGGGAAGAGGUUUCUGAUGCUUCUGAGGAAAGUUGUCGAAUAUAUGGGGAGUGUGAGUAUCGGAGAAUUUGUACCGUGGCUUUCGUGGAUUAAUUAUGUUACCGGAUUCCAUAGGAGGGUUGAUAAGGCUGCUAGAGAAGUUGACGGUUUCUUGGAGAUGGUGGUUCAAGAACACAUGUUGAUUAACGAAGGCGUACGAAUAAGUCGGGAUGAAAGCAGGGAGAACUUUGUCGACAUUUUGAUGAAUCUUUACAAGGAUGAUAAGAGUGGUGUUUCUGUUGAUAGAGAUGGUAUCAAAGCUAUUAUUCUGGAUAUAAUCGCCGGAGGAACCGAUACAUCAGCCGCAACUCUAGAAUGGACAAUGUCCGAACUCCUAAGACACCCUAUAGCCCUCAAGACCUUGCAAAACGAAGUAAGAGAAAUCACGAGGGGCAAAAACAUCAUAACCGAAAACGACUUGGUGAAAAUGCACUAUUUGAGGGCCGUCGUGAAAGAAACGCUACGCCUCCAUCCUCCCGUCCCCUUAUUGGUCCGCGUGGCACGGGAAAACAUUAAAGUAAUGGGCUACGAUAUUUCCAUCGGGACAAUGGUCCUAACUAACACAUGGGCAAUCGGGAGGGAUCCCGAUUCUUGGAAUGAACCGGAGAAGUUUAUGCCCGAGAGAUUCUUGACUUCUUCGGUUGACUUUAAGGGGCUCGAUUUUGAGUUGAUUCCUUUCGGAGCUGGGAGAAGGGGGUGUCCUGGUAUCGUGUUUGCUAUGGUAGGGGUUGAACUUGUGCUUGCGAAUGUUGUGAAGAAGUUCGAGUGGGAGUUGCCGAAGGGGACGACAUGUGAGAAUUUGGACAUGACAGAACAACCUGGUUUUACUACUCAUAUGAAGAACCCUCUUUUGGCUGUUGCAACUCCUUGUUAUAAUUUCUAG